CCGGGGAAGGCCGGGGCUUCCGGCGCCAGAGCGGCUGCCGUCUCGUCUGUGCCAUGGCUGCGUUUUGCCGGCAGGUCCUUGAUUGCUGCCGCCUGUUCCCCCUAACCUGGGCCCGUGUGGCCAGGGAGACUCCUUGUCUUGGAGAACGGAAAACGGUGACUGUUCCUUUGUUGCGUAAACUGACUACAGCCUCCGGCGGAGGGGACCUUGAGGAGUUAUCCUGUGUUGGAUCCAAUAAGUAUGUGAAGGAGCCAGAGUGCAGGAUGAAUCUUGUCCAGUGCCUCCUUGAGAAGCAGAGGACUCCUGAGGAUCGAGGGUCCUUGGAGCUAGAGAAGGUCACCAGUUCCCUCCUGGACAUGGGUUUCAGUGACGCCCAUAUCAAUGAAUUGCUCAGUAUGCGGCCAGGUGCCAACCCUCAGCAGUUGCUGGACAUCAUUUCAGAAUUUAUACUCUUGGGUCUGAAUCCAGAGCCUGUGUGUGUAGCCUUGAAGAGAAGUCCCCAGUUAUUGAAACUGUCUAUAAGGCAAAUGAAGAAGCGCUCCAUAUACCUGCGAAAGCUUGGACUUGGAGAAGGGAAACUAAAGAGGGUGCUUUACUGUUGCCCUGAAAUUUUCACCAUGCAUCAGCGGGACAUCGAUGACGUUGUCCAGGUCCUCAAGGAGAAGUGCCUUUUCACAGUACAGCAGGUAACCAAUAUUUUGUACAGAUGCCCCUCUGUUCUUCGAGAGGAACCCGGUGAACUGGAGUACAAGUUCCAGUAUGCAUAUUUUAGGAUGGGAGUUAAGCACCCGGACAUAGUAAGGAGUGAGUUCUUGCAGUACUCAAUAACCAAGAUUAAGCAGAGGCACGUGUACCUGGAGCGCCUAGGACGGUACCAGACCCCGGAUAAGAAGGGGCAAACGCAGAUCCCCAACCCGCUACUCAAGGACAUCCUCAGAGUUUCAGAAGCCGAGUUUUUGGCCAGGACAGCCCGUUCUUCUGUUGAGGAGUUUGAGGUUUUUAAGAAGCUCCUGGCUCGGGAGGAGGACGAGGAGUCUGAGAGCGGCUUGUCAGACGACGAACGGGCAGGUGUGGGCGAGGACGAGGAGGACGAGGAGGACGAGGAGGAUGAGGAGGACGAGGAGGACGAGGAGGACGAGGAGGAGCAGCUAUGAAGGAAGGAAUGCGCAGAAGGGCGUGGAGACAAGGGACGUGCCUCUCCGCUUAAAGCUCUUGGGACCUUCGCUCGGAUCUUCUUAAGUUACGUUUCAUUCUAAAACUGGUCUUUUGACAUGAACAUUAUUAAAAAUCCCCUAAGUAGACAGGCUAGGAAACGCAUCAUUCAACCUGCUGUCGAGCGUCGGGGAGGCCCUGUUCCACCCUAAAGAAAAGACUGACUUGGAGCUGUUAAGAUCCGGGGGACUCGAUACGUGAAAAUUUGGUUUCAUUCUAAAUGUGUUGGUGAUGAUGCCAUGACCGGGGAGAUGGGGUUCCUUCUUCUGGCUCAAGAAUCACUUUAUAUUUCCUUCUAGUGAUAAACAUAAAAUUACGAGAAGGCAGAAUAAGGUUUUAGAACAUCAUAGCACUUUAUUUUAUGAAAACAAGUAGCAGGUUUUCCACAAAAAUACUUGUUUUUAAUCCAAAAGUAUCUUAUUGCUUCCUAACUGCAUUCAGUGUACAGCAGAGUAAAAGGAAAUGGAUUAAUAGCGUGUGGUUUAAUUUUGCACAGCUUCUAAGGCCAGCAAAGCUCUGGGGCACUUCUCUACCUUUGUGAGGAUCAGGCCCUCCUGUCUGGGAAGUUGGCUUUUGUGCCAGCUCCUGGCCGGUGGUCACUUGCUGCCUUGGCAUCUUGGGCCCUGGCCUGUACAGCCAGAGCGUGCCGGCCUGGAGAGUGGUCUGAAACGGUUGUCUCCCCUGCCCGGGGAACAGAGGGGCUUUGAGAACCAGAGGAGGGGGUCACAGAGUGGGGUGGGCUGGGCCAGGGUGCAGGGAGCUCCCCACAACCCCCAAGGUGGAAGUGCCACCUUGGGGAACCCUCUGGGUUUGAGGAGCAGUUUAAAGUGUUGGGAAGGGAAGCAGGAAUUUGACGUAAGCUGGGGGUGAUCUCUGAGGUAGAGGCCUGGCGUUGAUGGCGUGAGCUCUAGGAGGGGCCUAGAGGGUUGGUGCAACCUAGAAUGUUCUAGGUAGCCCUUGCUCAGGAGCUGGCAUGGGAUCGAAGCAGAAAGUAUUUUUGAUGAUGGGACCAAAUUUCAGAUGUCGCUGGCAGCAUUUUAACAACUAUGUGAAACACCAACGCGUGGCCCUGUUUUUCCCACACGGACCAAGUAGGACUCCUCCAAGGCCACGGUUCUCACCUGGGGGGAGUGCUGACCCUCAGCGGAUGUCUGGUGAUCUCUGGAGAUGUGGUGUCAUGGCCUCUGGGAGGGUGCUCCUAGGACCUAGGGAGCAGAGGCCAGGGAUGCCCGCACGAGAGAGACCGAUCGAGCCCAGGACGUCAGUGCCAAGGCUGAGAAGCUGCUCUGAGGCCUGGCUCAAUAAAUUCUCGUGAGUGUGUCUGUUCGUGGCAACCUCAGAUUGUCAAUGGACCUACAGUAAUUGUGUCAUUUUAUUUAAAGGAACAAUAGCUGAUUUUUCAAUAGGGCUCUUUGCGCCUGUGUGUCGGAACGCUCUUGGUAGAGCUGAGCCGUGUUUCACUGUGGGGACUCGGCACUGAGGUGCGGAUGCCUUUGCUUUCCCCAGCAGGCCCACAGCAGAGCGUGACUACAAGUAAAAGGACGUUUUCUGCAAAAGAAGAGCGGUAGCUCAGUGACUCACUCCACAUCUUGAGCCAGACAUCGGGGGCAGUGGUUUGCCAGGGGGAGGAGUUUCCGCUAAGGGAAGGUGCAGGAGGUGAGCGGACCCCUGGGUGGGGCCUCCGCGAGCGGCGGGCACGCGAAGGUUUCCUCACUCACGCCCGGCAGCCCCCGAG